AGUUGCACAUCACGCAGUCAUCUGUCUUCUUUUUGCUUUCUUCUCUCGUCUUCUCUCAUUCACCAAUUCCACGCAGUUGAAUCAAUGACUUCCCUUCAAAUCUCCUCCAACACAAUAUUUCAAGCUCUGAAUCUCCGCCGUCAAUUCAGUCCAAACUUGGACCGAAGGGUCGGACUAAUCAAUGGGCAGAGACCGGUGACAGCUUGUCUCAGCCUUGAUGUGGAAGCACAACCAUUUACUGCAUCAAAAUCUGGGUCUGUGAAGAGCAAGGAGGUUAUAGAGACAGAGGCGAAGGUUGUGGUGGGGACCUAUGCAAGAACUCCAGUGGUGUUGGCCAGUGGCAAAGGUUGUAAAUUGUUCGACACCGAGGGGAGAGAGUAUCUGGAUUUGAGCUCGGGGAUUGCGGUGAAUGCACUUGGACAUGGUGAUGAGGAUUGGUUGAAGGCUGUGGUUGAACAGGCCAAUACCCUCACCCAUGUCAGCAACGUCUACUACUCCAUCCCUCAGGUGGAACUAGCUAAGCAAUUGGUGGGCUCUAGUUUUGCAGACCGUGUGUUUUUCACUAAUUCUGGAACUGAAGCAAAUGAAGCAGCCAUUAAAUUUGCGAGGAAGUUUCAGAGACACAAUCAUCCCGAUGCUAAAGAGCCUGCCACAAACUUCAUCUCUUUCACUAACAGCUUCCACGGCAGGACCAUGGGUGCUCUUGCCUUGACUAGCAAAGAGCAUUACAGGUCUCCAUUUGAGCCUGUCAUGCCUGGAGUCACAUUUGCAGAGUAUGGAAAUAUAGUGGCUACAAGAGAAUUGAUUCAGCCUGGAAAAACUGCCGCGGUUUUUGUCGAACCUAUCCAGGGUGAAGGGGGCAUAUACAGUGCUACCAAGGAGUUUCUGCAAUUCCUGCGUACUGCUUGUGAUGAGGCUGGGGCUCUUCUGGUGUUUGAUGAGGUACAAUGUGGUUUAGGCCGAACUGGGUACCUUUGGGCACAUGAGGCGUUUGGUGUAUUCCCAGAUAUAAUGACUCUAGCUAAGCCACUAGCUGGAGGCCUACCCAUUGGAGCUGCAUUGGUUACUGAAAGAGUUGCUUCUGCCAUAGCUUUUGGUGACCAUGGAAGUACUUUUGCUGGUGCACCUCUCGUCUGCAGUGCUGCCCUAGCUGUUCUCAACAAGAUAUCAAAUUCCAGUUUUCUGAACAGCGUCUCUACAAAAGGUCUCUACUUCAAACGUAUCUUAAAUCAGAAGCUGGGAGGAAAUCCUCAUGUGAGAGAAAUACGCGGUUUUGGGCUUAUUCUUGGAGUUGAAUUGGAUGUCCCUGCCUCACCUCUUGUGGAUGCAUGUAGAAAUGCAGGCCUUCUUGUGUUAACUGCUGGAAAAGGUAAUGUUGUUAGGCUAGUGCCUCCAUUGAUCAUAAGUGAACAGGAGCUGGAUAAGGCAGCUGAGAUUUUAUGUCAAGCAUUGCCUGUUCUUGACGGAAAAAAUUCAAAUUAGAAGGAAGAAAACUGGUUCUAUUGUAGAUGUUGCUCCUUAGCUCUUGUAAUAGUUUGUUAUCAACAUCUAGAUUCUUGAAUGUUUUUCUAUAGUUCUAAAUAUGGACAAGUAUUAAUACUAAUGUUACUUGAGACUUGAGAGUUGAAUUUGCUUGUAUUUGGAUAAACAAAUAAUAUGAACAUUAGCAAUUGUUGCC